ACGAGUGCAUCUGUGUUUUUCACCCGCCCGUCCUCCACGACAAGGAUUGUCCUUGCUUAGUAACUGCUGCCUCCGCAAGCUCACAUCAUGAAUGAUUCACACUGCGAAGUUUGGAUGUAUUUAGUUGCUGUCACCACCGAAAUCGAAGUUCUUCGUUUCGCUUACAUCUUUAAUUGUGUUUUGAACAUUUUCCUGUCACUUAGCGCCAUUUUGCUGAAUACUGUGACAAUCUACGUGAUGCAAAAAACGUCCUCGUUGCCAAAGACUCUGAAGAAUUUGAAGACACUACUAUUGAGCCUAGCUGUUUCUGAUAUUGGUGUUGGUUUGCUUGUUCAGCCAUUUUACUCGUCACUGUUGAUCAAGUGCUUGCAGGGAAACUUUCCCAGCUGUAACAUAUUUAACAUGUUUGGAAUCAUUUGUGGGUUUUUUUCUAUUGCUUCCUUCUUCGGUAUCGUGGCUGUAAGUGUAGACAGGUUCUUGGCCGUUCACCUUCAUCUCAGAUACCAGGAACUUGUGACACACAAACGUGUUGCUAGUUUGGUAGUCUCAAUAUGGCUGCUUAGCGCAUUUGGUUCUUCGAUGCACCUUUGGGUCUCAUCCUUUAUUCAAAAUUUAAGUUAUAUAGUUAUUGCUAUUUUGUCUGUUAUUAUUGCGGCACUGGUUUACAUCAGAAUUUAUUUAACUGUUCGACUCCAUAAGAAGAACGUUCAGGCGUUAAAAGGACAGCAACAAGACAAAAACACAGGUGAAAUGGCAAGUGUUGUUGCCGUUGUUAAAUCAGCAGUCGGCAUAUUCUACGUGUAUCUCGUAUUUUUGGCUUGCUAUUCGCCUAUUAUUGUUUAUUUUGCCUUCGCCGAGAUGACCACAACCAAUAGUAACGUUCUGAAGAGAGUUUAUCUUUUCUCUUAUACUUUCGUAUUUCUAAAUUCAUCUCUGAACCCUGUGAUUUACUGCUUAAAGAUGAAACACAUUCGAUGUGCUGUCAUGGACUUACUACAGAAAAUGUCUUGGCAAAGAAACCGUGCAUUACACUAAUCUUAGGACCAGUCCUGAAUAAGUUUCGAAAGUUUUGAUGAUUAUCAAGGACCGCUAGAAAUGUUCUCUGUACGGCGGGACUGCAAGUAAGUAUAUCUGGACUUUGAACCAAAAGUUUAGUAUUUGCAAUGAUAUUUUGAUUUGCCCGCGAAUAAACGGAGUGUAAAACCAAUCAGAUGCCUU